AUAAGGACGCCGCUUUGACAACAAUUUCCUGUUGGCGAACGCGCUGCUCCCUUCGUGGCUCUCAACAUGCAGCGAUACAGUGUGUCUGGAUUUUCCCACGAACUGGACUGCAGGCCUUUUCACUUCGCUGAGCCCAUUCCGGCCGUCAGAAUAUGCGCUGUCUGCGGGUUGCUGCCACAAACGACCACCUUACUGCCAUGUCGACAUGUGUUCUGCAAAACGUGCUACCCGCAGUGCUUGGUCAACGGAAUCUGCGAAUGUCCACUGGAUGGGGAUAAAUUCCUCGUAAAAGAUGCCGAAUGGAAAAUUUUCCCCAUGAAGAAUCUGCUGAGGCGCAAGGUGAAAUGUUGGAACGAGGACAACGGUUGCGACGCCGUCAUGACUAUUUCAGACAUGCUGAAGCAUUUUGAUGAAGAAUGCGUGCAUCACACUACGCGUUGUCCGAGCUGCUCAGCGCUUCUUCUGAGGACAAAUCUGUGUGCGCAUCGAAAAAGUAACUACAGCACGCAUGCAUUACCCAAUCACGCCCAACCUCUGGAGCCGUGGAAAAAUUCAGUUCAGGAACCGAUGAUCACCGCUUUAGAGACGACGUUGAGUGAAUGCAUCGGUGAACUGAAAGCUGGCAUUGAACAGAUUUUACAAGGACACGCGACCCACAGCGAGAAAUUGGAUGAGGUCUGGCACAUUUCAAAUGCGCUGAGGGAGAUAGUGGUGCAGAUGUCAGAAAAGCAAGAGCAGGAAAUAACUGUGGUGAAAAACACUGCCUUUAAAGAAUGGAAGAAAGGCAUGGUUGCACAAGGUGAAAAGUUUGACGAAUUUUCACGAAGCUUAGGUGUUUUAGGUGCAGAUGUCAGAAAUACAGCCAACGCCACGCAACAAUCUCUGGAGAAGCUGGAGCAGAGCCAUGCCGAAUCGAGGCGACGUUGUACGCAAGACGACAACCAGCUUCAGAGAGUCUCAGACAUUGUGAGCUCAUUCGAGGGUAUUCUCAAUGAAGCACUGGAGCGUGUAACAAAAGCCAUAGUACAGAAGUGCAAAACAAAUGCUGAGCUUUUUGCUACACCAAAGGUGAAAGAGAUGGAAUGUGGCAAGAAGGCAUUGUAUGAGAGUGAGACUCUGCUCCUAGCGAAGAACACAUUGAGCAUUACACUGCAUGCAUUUUGUGUAAAAGAAAUCAAGGCUUUGAAAGAAAAAGCGACAUCCACAGGUUUAGCGAGAGACACAUGCGAGCCCAUAUACAUUUGUGGCUAUCACAUUACGUUUUUAUUGUAUAUGAAGAAACGUGAGAAUACUGUUUCAGUGCACGCAGGAUUACAGCUGCAUAAAGGUGUGGUGGAUGAAUUCUUACAGUGGCCGUUCUUACAGAAAGUGAAGCUCACAUAUAUGCAUCCAUCUUCAGACAAACACCUUCAGGUUUUAAAUGUCACUCCUUUUGAUCUCAAACAUUGUGGUAGGCCGACAAAAUCAAGCAAUGCAGAAUUUUAUUGGAACCAUUUCUUACGCCUGGAUGAUCUGGAACGUGAAGGGUACAUUGAGGCUGAUCAACUCAGUUUAAAAUACGAGCUUCUGCCUUUAUCAAAGUAACAGAUUAUUGGAGAGACUCAGCGCUUUACUAACAAUCCAUUUGUACAGAGGGCCCCCAGAAACCCGUAAGAAGAAUUUCCAAAGCGCGUAAAACUUGGUGAGAAUGUAACAUAAUGGUGAAUAGAGUGAUUUAAAUAAUCAAUGCUGCUAUUUUUUUACAAGUAAUAAAACAUGUUUCAGCGAAUAAGAAGACUUAACAUGGCAUGAGACAGACUG